GAGAGCAAGAUCUAGAAAUUGCGUCUUGGGGCGUUGCUAUCUUAAACAGGAAACGCCUUCCGUGCAAGAAGCGGAACGCGCUUGUCAUUUUCAAGUCAUAGUACAAUAAUGUAGCAACGCCUUUAGAAUUUAGUUGGCGAUAGGAGCUCGUUCGAGUGCUCGUGUAACACUACAGAUCUGUGGCUGGAAUGCUGGAACUGGCAAAAUGUGUUCAACUGAGAGAGAGGAAGAACAUGACGACGAAUCUUUUUGGGUUUUAAAACCCAUCCAUCCUUCUGGUGUGAGAGGAACGGCUGGCUGCGAGACCUGGAGCGUGGCUUUCUCUCCGGACGGAUCCCACUUUGCGUGGUCUAUGGGCUAUGGAAUGGUCAAAGUCUUUGAUUGGCCACUUCCAACAGAUGAGGGCGAAUGCAUCAGCAGGUGCUCUUCUAAGACACUCAAGUGUGAACAUUUAAUAUGGAGCUUGGCGUUUGGACCGCGGCUGUCAAACGGAGCACGUGAGAUGGGACAGGUAUCGUCUCGAGCGGACAAAGAAAGGUUGCUUCUUGCCACGGGUCUCGACAAUGGGUCUAUCAAGGUGUGGAUUGUUUCAACUGGUAAACUGCUGUAUGAGCUUCGUGGUCACGAGUCCAUUGUGAGGGAUCUGGCCUUUGCUCCAAACGGGAGUCUCACACUUGUCUCAGCCUCUCGUGACAAAACUUUGAGAGUGUGGGACUUGAACAAAAAAGGUAAAGAGCCUCAUGUCUUGGUUGGUCCCACUCACUGGAUAUUCAAAUGCAGCAUCUCGCCCAAUAGCAGCAUGAUCGCGUCUGUCUGCAACUCUGACUCUAGGGUUUAUCUCUGGAGUCUUCGCUCCUUCACGUUUAUCAGGUAUCUGACUUACAAUCAGCCACGUACCAUGAUAUCCUGUGAUUUCUCUGCGGACGGAGCGCUGCUGGCAGUUGGCUCGUAUGACUGCAGUAGCUGGGUGGUUGACCUCUGGGACCCCUACACGGCAGAACACGUAGCCAGUCUGAGGGACUGUGAUAUGUGUGGGUACAGAUUUGAGAACCUGAUCAGAGCUCUAAGUUUCUCUCAGGAGGGUUUACGCCUAGCGUUAGUGACGGACCAAAGAGCCUUGCAGAUUUGGGAUCUGGAGCGGGACCAGUUGUUCCAGCAGUAUACCCAACGUGGAAUCGACGCGCUGUGCUGCACAUUCCAUCCAAAAGGGGGCACUAUCGCCGCGGGGACCAGGGACGGCCACGUGAAGUUCUGGAAGAUUCCGCGCUCCGUACCCAGCCUACGGCACCUCUGUCGCUUUGCCCUGCGAUUCUCCUUAUCAACCCAGCAGGUGGAGGUCCUGCCACUCCCCAAGAAAAUCCUAGACUUCCUCACCUACAGAGACGUCCUGAGACACAAAGUCUUGCGUUGCAACAAAGGCUGCAGUUCACCAUGAGUUUUGUUUUGUUUUUGUUUUUUUUUUCUUUUUAAAAUCACAGACCACCCCAUUGUUUAUAUCAAAAAUUAGUUUUAAUGUUCAUUGAAAAACAAAACAGAGCAGGACCAAGUGAAGAUGUCUUGUUUCAAUGGUUUGGGUUAUGGUUUUUCGGG